AUGACGCGCAAGGGCGUCCGCCGGUGGAGUGUGAUAAGUGCUCGCCGCGCGGUGAUGUGUUUAGUGCUGGUGCUGGUGAUGGGGGGCCGCGCGGGCGGCAAGCAGAUGAGCGAGACGCUGCAGAGGGCGCUGUCGGCGGUGCGGGGGCCGAGCCCCGGCGCGAAGAAGCUUCUCAACAUCCCCGAGGACGGAGGUGGG